AUGACGCUGAAGGAGCCCUGGCGGGCAUGUGGUGUAAUAGUAGAAUUAAUCAAAAGCAAGAAAAUGGCUGGAAGAGCUGUCUUGUUGGCAGGCCCUCCUGGAACUGGCAAGGUCUCCUUUGCAUUGGAAACUCAUUCCUCUUGGCCCAGCUAUCAUAAAAAUCUUCAUGGUGACACUUACUUGAAGGUGAAGAAAACAAGUGAGCCGCGUUUUUCCCACGUUCGGUUUCUCCAUUGUUGUUGGCUGAGAAUAAAGGAGACCAAGGAGGUUUAUGAAGGGGAGGUGACAGAGCUGACCCCAUGUGAGACAGAGAACCCAAUGGGGGGCUACGGCAAAACCAUCAGCCACGUGAUCAUAGGACUGAAGACAGCCAAGGGCACCAAGCAGCUGAAGCUGGACCCCAGUAUUUUUGAAAGCCUGCAGAAAGAGCGAGUGGAAGCUGGAGAUGUGAUUUACAUUGAGGCCAACAGCGGGGCUGUGAAGAGGCAGGGCAGGUGCGACACCUAUGCCACUGAGUUUGACCUCGAAGCUGAAGAGUACGUCCCCUUGCCAAAGGGCGACGUGCACAAGAAGAAGGAGAUCAUCCAGGAUGUGACUCUGCAUGACCUGGAUGUGGCCAACGCCCGGCCCCAGGGAGGACAAGACAUCCUGUCCAUGAUGGGCCAGCUAAUGAAGCCAAAGAAGACAGAAAUCACAGACAAGCUCCGAGGGGAGAUCAACAAGGUGGUGAACAAGUACAUCGACCAGGGCAUCGCCGAGCUGGUCCCGGGGGUGCUGUUCGUGGACGAGGUCCACAUGCUGGACAUCGAGUGCUUCACCUACCUGCACCGUGCCCUGGAGUCCUCCAUCGCGCCCAUCGUCAUCUUCGCCUCCAACCGCGGCAACUGCGUCAUCAGGGGCACCGAGGACAUCACCUCCCCUCACGGCAUCCCCCUGGACCUUCUGGACCGAGUGAUGAUCAUCCGCACCAUGCUGUACACGCCCCAGGAGAUGAAGCAGAUCAUUAAGAUCCGCGCACAGACAGAGGGCAUCAACAUCAGCGAGGAGGCCCUGAACCACCUGGGGGAGAUUGGCACCAAGACCACACUGAGGUACUCCGUGCAGCUGUUGACUCCAGCCAACUUGCUGGCGAAGAUCAACGGGAAGGACAGCAUUGAGAAGGAGCACGUGGAAGAGAUCAGCGAGCUCUUCUACGAUGCCAAAUCCUCCGCCAAGAUCCUGGCCGACCAGCAGGAUAAGUACAUGAAGUGACUGCGCCCUGACUGGCCAGGCCUG